AUGCAGAAUGACGUUUCUGAACCUCAGGAAUUUUCAUAUCUUUGUACUGUGAAGGGUCAUUUGCUUUUUAGAGAUAAAAUAGGGGUGAGGAUGGUUGAACUUCACCUUGAUGAUAUUGUUAAGGUUGAUCGAGUGGACGCAGAUGGCAAAAAAUAUGAUAAAGUUUCUCGCAUUGAAGCACAGAGUGAGGAGGAUGACAUGUACAUGCAGCUAGAUGUGAACUCGGAUUUAUAUCCUAUGCAUAUAGGGGAGAAAUAUAGAAUGGUUUUAGCUCAAACUCUGAAUUUGGAUGGAUCAGCUGUUACUAGCUAUUUCCCUGAGGUAAUCUAAUUCCAGUUGCUUUUGUUGGUUUAUUUAUUCUAAUCCCAUCCCCCCCGCGUGCCCGUGCGCAUAUGGGGUAGGGAUGGAAAGGGAAAAGGGGAACUGGGUGAUAAAAUUAUUUAUUUGUCUGGUUUUUGGGGAACUCUCCUUCUCCUUCUGAGAUGGGAGUAGGGAGGCUACAUUUAAUUCAAAAUAACUUGGACCUAUUUCUUAUAGUAGAAGUAUUAGUUAUCUACACUUCAUUUUCUAGUCUAGGCACUGGAUUCUACAGAGUUAUCAACUUCUAACAGUAGAAUGUCUAAGCCUUAUUGAUUCUUGUAGUGAUGUGGUGAUAAUGUAUUAUUUUUUCAAUCUUUUUUUCAUUUUUUUUCGCUUCUUAUUUUUCAUAACACUAGCAAACAUAUUAUCUCUUGUUGCCCUUAGUACAUAGGAGUCAGGAUUAUCUUUCCCAAGAAGCAAGGUAUUCACGAAAUGUCUUGUAGAGUAAGCGAGGUCUUUGCAACAUAAUAAUCUUUUUCUAGUUUGUUUUGUACCAGAAUGAAAUUUAAAAAUUAGCUUGUUGCAUUAAUGAGGUGCUAGAUAUUGUGAAUUGAAUUUGGAACGUUUCAUUACUCUAUGUUUGCCAUAAAUCAAAAGUAUUCCUAGUUAGGAAGCAUGGAUAUGGAUAUGCAAUAGGGGUGUGAUACGACGUGGACUCGGUGAUACGACAAACCCUAAAAAAAUAGUAUAUGAAUAUGG